AUGGGUCGUGGGGGCUCUGGGUUACAUAGGCGGCCCCACCCACCCUGGAAUUGGAAGAGAGAUGAGAACCGCACUUUCAAGGAGAAGCAACCAACACCUUUCUACCUCGCCAACCCUCCGUCCACUCCACCACCCACCACAAACACGAUGGCUCCCACAUCAGGAAUAUCGAAGGAUCCCCAGAAACAAUCCAAAGCACCGGCACUUGACCCUAAGGGGAAAAAGGCCACCCCGGCCCACGGCAGAAGGGCGGGAACGAAGACCGGCCCUCCACCGCUUUCUCCGGAAAGUCAGAAUGAUACGGAACACGCGGAUCGAAUAGUCACAACACCGGGCAUUGGGGAUGAAGUGGGAAUGCGGCCGGUAGCUGAACACGAAGUCCGACAAAUUCUCCCCAAGGUGGGCCACCAUACUGCGUUGGAAGAGGGAGAUUCCGCCACCCGUAGACCCCGCCGUGGUCACCCCGCCGAUAUGCCUGCACGUAUCGAGGCACUUACGGAGCUCUUCCAGUCAUUCGACAAAGACAUUAUGUCAAUACGAGCACAUCAGGCCUCCUUAGAACACCGUGUCCGGGACCUGACCUUUUGCCAAGAUUACUACAAGCCAUUACGGAACCGUUUCAUCAGCACCUUCAAGAGGGAUAUUCUCGACACCGCCACGCCUGCUGAUUUGGAGAUUAUUGGCGAGGGCAAUUUGUGCGCCGACUGCGGAGAUGCCAUCGCCGAUGCCAGACUCUAUACUGACGGCGAGAGAAUCGAUUUAACAACUUUUACGAGACUCUACGGGCUUCUCCCUUAUGUUGUGCCGAAGAUUCGUGAGUACAUGUUACUAUCUCCUACCAUUUUUUAAAGUGGCUAUACUAACUAGAACAGGCCACCAAGAAACGAUGACCAUGAUAAACAUGCACGCUACGAUUAUAGCCUCAAAGGAGAAAACCGUCACCGACAAGUUUCACCGCCUAUUCGAACAGUUUGUGAAAGUCUUCACAGAAUAUGGCGAGGGUUUUGAGCAGGGCUACCUCAAGGGUGAUCCAACUGAAGUGACACAUGCGUACAGGGAGUUCGCGAACUGCAUCAAGACUGAGGUGGGGGGGGAGGCGGAGGACAGUAACUAGUCUAAGCAUGCUUUACUUGUGUUCCGGAGAACAGCAGAUUCAUUGGGGGAAUGGGGUUUAUUCUCGCGUGCAAUUUGUCAACUUGGAGAACAAAUAACUGGGUACCUGCGUAAUUCUCUUUCUGCUCACAGUUUGUAAAAUCACGUUGGAUGGAAAACCGAGGGAGAUGUGGCUACG